CUGGGUCCUCUGGUCAUGAACAAUAGCCAGUGCUGUUUGUUCUUGCUUACCUGGGGCUUCAGUCUCCACUGAGUCGGAGCAAGACCCAGCCAGUAUCUUUUCACCAUGAACACCGCUCCAGCACAGAGACACAUUGUCCACAGCUUUUUUUUAAUUAAAGACCCCUGGUUGACACUUUGUGCCAGCUGACCUGAGCUACUCUGAGCAUACAUGUGUCUACCACAAUCCCCUCCACAGGGUAUAAGUCUCAGUGGAUAAUUGGAGGGAGAAAUGCUAUACUGUAUCAUGAGAUGGAGAAAGGAUUAUCUAAUGAGGACUGGUUCAAGAGUCAGGCAUAGAGGAAUAAUGCAGUGUUUUCUUCUUUCUACUUUAACCUACCAGCCUCACUCUCUUAUUUUAGACCGCCUCUCCCUGUUUAAGGUUAUGAGAGAGAGAGAGGGUUAGUUGAAUCACUUUUUUUCUCUGAUGAAAGCCACCUGCCCCUCAUCUCUGUUGAAUUGCAGAAUUAGUUUGCAGCAGGUUUCCAACCAGAGCUGACAUGGAGUGUCCAGAGAGAAGACUGAGUGUAGCUUUCCUGCUUUUUCUGCCUCUUCUGAGUGUCAGCUGUGUUUCAAAUCAAAAAUCUACAGUCUCUUGGUGUGUAGUGUCGGAUGCUGAAGAGCAGAAGUGUUUGGACCUGGCCGGCAAUGCUACAGCCCAGAACGUAAGAGGAACACUGCAGUGUGUCCGUGGCCUGAAUACCAGGGAUUGUAUGGAGAAAAUCAAGAAUGGGACAGCAGAUGCAGCCUCCAUGUUUGCAGAUGACAUCUAUGCAGCAGGCCUCUGCCAUGGUCUGGAACUUGCAGCGGGAGAGUCCCACAAUGGAGUAGAUGGUAUCAGCUACUACGUGGUGGCAAUGGCCCGUCGCUCCUCAUCAGACCUCUCCUUGCUGGAGAUGCAUGAGCGGAGCUCCUGUCACCCUGGCAUGAGAACAACAGUGGGGUGGACUGUUCCCAUCGGCUACUUGGUUAACACGUCCCAAAUCAGCAUAGGAGAGCAGUGCAACUUCCCCAGAGUGGUGGGGAACUUCUUUGGUUACAGCUGCGUGCCCGGUGUUAAGGACCCUCAGCACGAUCCCAAAGGCAUCAAUCCAAAGAACCUUUGUGAGGCCUGCAUAGGAGACGAAAACGACAGACACAUCUGUGCCAACAACCACAGAGAGAGGCAUUAUGGCGAGGCAGGAGCACUGAGGUGCGUAGCUGAAAACCUUGGUGACGUUGCUUUUGUCAAACACACAACAGUCUUCGAUAACAUGGAUGGUAAGAAUCAGGAGUCCUGGGCUCUGGACCUGGAGCUGGAGGACCUCAAGCUGCUGUGUCCAGAUGGAACAGAGGCAGGUCUUGACGAGUUUGACCGAUGCCACCUGGCAGCAGUCCCUACCAAUGCUGUAGUGGUACGAAUGGAGGAUAAGUGCCGUGUCUGGAAAUACCUGGAACGUUUGCAGAAUGUGUUUGGCAACGCCACUGUGGGCUUCAGUCUGUUCAGCUCAGUAGGCUAUGGCCAAUCCGAUCUGCUCUUCAGUGAUGCCACCCACCACCUGCAGAGAGUUCUGAGUAACUACACCUCUUGGCUGGGCCCCACUUACACCAGUGUGCUGCGAGCCUUUGAGUGUGAGGGCUUCUGCUGAUGGAAGAAGGGGAAGAGAUCCAGCGCAUCAACUUACACCCCAUCCCGCUGUCUCCAUCCUCCAGUUCUGCCUCCUCUCCCUGCCAUCUGUGUCCCUCUGACUCACCAUCUCUCCUUCUUUUUGCUCUUCAUGUUUGUUUUCUCCCUUCAUUUCACCAGCCAAAUCUCUAUUAUUAUUUCCCUGCCCUCCUCCAACUUAGUAUGUCCUCUAAUAUGCCGGCUGGCAGGGUAAGACAAUACUAAGAAGGGCUAAUCAGCCAUUAAAAUGUCCAUGAAAUUGAGCAUGGUAUUUUCAUUAAAGGACACUAGGAAGAAAGGGUGGGGAAUAUAAAAUAAUAGGAUAGAAAUAUGUGACAACAGAGGAAAAAAAAGUUGCUUGCUCUGAUGGUAUUGAAAAGUUGAUCUGUUUUCAUAGGAUAUUGAUCAGGAUUUAAAACAUUAAAGGUGCUCCCCUAUGACCUAAUUAUAUUUACGUCCAUCACAAAGUCUGUUCCUAUCCUGCAUGUUUGUUGAGAAAUUUUAUCCUCCAUAUUGUAAGCUUCAGAACACCCCCUCCUUCCCAACCAGGGUCUGUCUCUGGCACUGAACAACUGGGUGCUAUUAACUUUGAGCUUAGGAAUCUCAGUUACUGUAAGUGUAUGCGUGUGUAUGUGUGUGUAAGUACACAGAGUUUCCCACAGCCAUUAUUACCCUCCCUGGCAGUCUGGCAUAUUAUACUGUUUGUGUGUGAUGGAGGAAAAGUGUGUGUGUUUGCAUUUAUGUGCUAAUGUGUCAGUGUUGAUAGGAUUGCUACUUUCCCAUGGCUUGUAUAGCUCACUACUUUGGAUCACUGCUUUCUCACGUCGGAUGUGGUGGGCCGGACUGUGUCAGCUCACAGUGUAUUGUAACGCUAUACGGUCAGGAUAAAGGGAGCUGAAGCUUGGGUUGCUUUCAGUGAUUCAUGAGUGAAACUUAAUUUUCUCAUCUGUUUGCAUCAUUUAGGUUUCCCAACAUGUUUUCACAAAAUUUCUUUCUUUGCUGUUUUUACUUACAUGAACAGUUUUGUUUUAAUCUCUAUAAUGUGAUUUAUAUAUUAACACUGCAAUAAUGGUGAGAUUUUGAUCAUGAUGGGCAGAAAGAGUUACUAACAGGAGGAUGUUUGAGGUUGGGGUUACUGGUAGUUUUAGUCAGUUCAGUUAUUUAUGAAGGCAUGGUGAUCAUUUAUUUUUCUGACAUGUUUAAGGCACUAUAGUUAUAGAAUCACAGUAAAACCACCAACCAGUUUAUGAGCCUUACUUGACCUAAUGAAUCAUGUACUGUAAAAUGCAUAGCAGACUUUAACUGUGUGCUUUUCAUAUAAUGUCCACCAUUUUCCCCCUUUUCCAUGCUGCACUGCUGAGCUCAGAUAUAAAUUGAUAAGCUGGAUGAAGUUCUCCUUGUCAAGCUGUGUUUUUGUAAUACGAAAUGAUGGAAAAAUCUCCAGCUGGUACAAGAGAUCCAGUUGCAGGUUUUUAGGUUCCGCUUCGAAAGAAAACGAAAAGCCUUCACUUUUAAAUUUAGCCAUCUGUGUGUUUCUUUUGUCCAAAUUCAUCUCUGGUUUGUACCAUUGGUGCUGUUUGUUUCUAUACUGUUGUCAGACUGCCUUAAACAGAGCUAAAUGUAAAUAGUCCUCACUGCCUUAAUGUGUAGC